AUGGCUUCUGGUCAGGGUCAUGUUAUCAUACCAAUAUUUCUCUUAUUUUCAUUUGCUCCUUAUUACAUCACUUUGGCCGAAUCAAUAGAUCUGGGUGGCAGCCUACAAACAAAUGAGAAGGAUGGCACUCUUUCAGGAUCCAACCCUUUUCAGCUCAACAGGAGAAUGAAAACUGAUGGAAAAGGCAACACCAUAUCUCAUUAUGCAAUGUGGCACACGGAGCCAGGAAAAUUCUAUGGUCUUCGAGCUGAAAUGAGUAUAUGGGGUUCACCUAAUCAAGAAAACUCUCAAGACUCCGGAUCAGCCAUACAGAUCUAUUGUCAAGAAGGGGAACACUACAGCUUAAUUGAAGCAGGGUUUCAUGUUUCCCCCUCUUUGUAUCAUAACCGAGAUGUUCGAUUCUUUACAUACACGACGAGGGACACCAAAUCUGCAGGCUGCUAUAACUUGCAGUGCCCAGGAUUUGUCCCUGCAAGAGGAGCUGCACUAGUGCCUGGCCAAGCUAUUUCUCCCCCGUCAAUUUAUGGCCAAGCCGAUCACUACGCCAGGCUUAGCCUAAACAAGGCCCCCCCUGUUGUCCUAGAUCCGAACUCUGGGGAUUGGGUGGUGUAUCGACACGAUUUAGACAGUCCAUCAUUCUUGGGGCAUUUUCCAGGACAACUUUGCCCUGGAGAAUCACGAAUACAAGCCCUGACAGGAUUUGUGAAUUACCUAAAAAAUACACAUGGCCCUCCAAUGGGAAGUGGUCAGUUCCCGGAUGAUGAAGAUGAUAAGAGAUCUGCAUACUUUAAGCAUAUUAAGAUCUACGAUGCCAACGGCCAUGCUCGAGACCCAAUUACAACUCGCAUGAUUAAGUUAGUUGACAGGCCAGAUUGCUACAAAGAAACUGACUUCACUGUUAUAAUCAAUAGGGGCUACAUAUUUUACUAUGGUGGACCAAACGGUUGUAUUGGUUGA